CAUCAUAUAGCUAUCGAUCAGUACUCUUGCAAAAUCUCAAAAGAAGAGAAUUGAUCGAAGAUCAUCGAUGUCGAUGAUGAAUUAUUGCAAGUGGAAGCCUGUUGCUUUGAUGAUUCUUGUUAAUUUAGCUCUGGCUCUCGCAAAUCUGCUUCUGAAGAAAGUUCUCAGUGAAGGAAUGAGCUUCUUGACCAUCAUAACAUAUCGUCAGUUAGUUUCAGCCUUUUUCUUGUCUCCUAUUGCGUUUUUCUAUGAGAGGAAAAGCAGGCUCGAGGGUGACAUUAACAUACUAUGCCUUCUUUUCCUCAGCGCUCUUGUUGGUGUAACAUUCACUCAGUACUUAUUCCUUCUUGGACUUGGAUACACGUCGGCAACAUUUUCAUGUGCAUUCCUCAAUAUGGUUCCUAUAUUUACUUUCAUCAUGGCUCUGCCUUUUGGAAUAGAGAAGGUGAAUUUGAGGAGCAUGAGUGGGAAUGCCAAGGUGUUGGGCUCACUUAUAUGCAUAGGUGGCGCUUUAUUACUGGGCCUUUACAGAGGAGAACCCUUAACCUCAAUUAACCCUAAUAAAUCUCAAACCCCACCAAAUUAUAAUAAUAAUAAUUCUUCUUCAAAGACAUUAUUGUCCUCAUCACCACCACCUUCUUCACCUUCACAAUGGGGUGUAGGUUCAGUGCUUCUCACAGGAGGCUGCUUAUUGUGGUCCUCAUGGUUCCUUAUUCAAGCCAGGAUUAGCAAGAGAUAUCCAUUUCAGUACUCAAGCACAGCCAUUUUGUCUUCUUUUGGGGCCAUCCAAUCAGCUAUCUUGAACCUCAUCAUCAACAGGAAAAAUAAUAAUCCUGCCGCCAUCUGGAUUCUCCAUGGCAAGUUGCAAAUCUUGACUGUCCUUUACUCUGGGUUGGUGGGAUCAGGCUUGUGCUACGUGGCAAUGUCAUGGUGUGUGAAAGAAAGAGGGCCGGUUUUUACAGCGGCAUUUACACCCCUCAUUCAGACAUUUGUGGCCAUUCUUGAGCUCUCUAUCUUACAUGAGCAAAUCUGGCUUGGAAGUGCUGCAGGAUCUGGCAUUGUUAUUGUUGGCAUGUAUAUUCUUCUGUGGGGUAAAAGAAAAGAAGACGUCGAGAAACAUGUGGCCAAGACCGGCCAAGCAAAUCAACAAGACCGAGAAUGCCAAUAGUUGUCAUAUUCCCUCAAAUGUAACAAGGUGUCAUAAUAUUUUUUGAAUAAUUAGAUAAUUUUACUUUUGUUUUAAAAAAACAAAGAAGAUAUGUUAGUUAUGUACUUUACCCACUAUCACCAUGAUAUUAAUUG